GUUUAAGUUUAACUUAACAUUAUCCCGUCUCUGAUCUGUCGCUCUCGCAAUUCAACUGUCCCUAUGAUUCAUGACUCAUGAUUCAUGUUGUUCCUUCGGCUGUUGAAUUUCCGUUUCCCCCUUACUUCAAAAACCCUAAUUUAUCAACUUCCUGUUCAUGAUUUUUCUCUUUAAUUCUCACUACUCAUUCGCUCUCCAUCGUUUAAUCUAACAAUGAAUCACGCGCAAACCCGCUUUUCUUCUUCUUCCUCCGGCGUCUCUGCUUCCAUGACCACCACAGCCCAACAGAGUGCAGAUCGUGGGAACGCCAUAUCAAUGAAUCCAACUCUUGGAGCUUCACGCCAUUGGAGGGAUGUCUUCUGGCUAGGAAUCUUUGUUUUACAUCUGAUUUUAGUAGGUUUCGCUCUUGGGAUAGUCGGACUCAAUUGGUUCAGAAAGAAAGAUAGGCUUAACAUCGAUCAAUACACAAACAGGUUUCUUGAAAAUCAAACCGGUUUAACAGAAGAUUACUGGCCACUAUACGCCAUUUCUGGUGCAAUCAGUACAGUUAUCGGAUGGAUUUGGUUGUUAUUACUUGGUUCACGUUCAAAUCAAAUGAUGAAAGUCUCUGUUCAUAUAUUAACCACAUACCUCGCAGUUGUUAGCGUCUUGUGUUUUUGGGGGAAACUAGUUUUCUGGGGUGUCGCUUUUGCUAUUGGAUCUGGAUUACACUUCUUAUACAUCAUAUCAGUCAUAGACAGACUUCCAUUCACAAUGUUGGUUCUUCAAAGAGCUGUAAAAAUGGUAUGGAAGCUUCCAGAAAUCAUGAGAAUCGUAUGUGCUUUCAUGUUAGUCAUGCUUCUUUGGCUAGCAUUAUGGUCGUUUGGAGCAUCCGGUGUGGUGGCUUCAAGCAUCGGUGAUGGUGGUCGAUGGUGGCUUCUUGUGGUUUUUUCAGUGAGUUUGUUUUGGACAGGGGCUGUGCUUUGUAACACUGUUCAUGUGAUAGUUUCUGGUAUGGUGUUUCUUGUGCUUAUUCAUGGUGGCAGAGAGGCGGCGUCAAUGCCAAGAAACCCUCUUUUGCAAUCUUUAAAGUACGCUGUCACUACCUCUUUUGGAAGCAUAUGUUAUGGUUCACUUUUCACAGCUGCUAUUCGAACACUAAGAUGGGAGAUUAGAGGAUUCAGAUCAAAAAUUGGCAACAACGAGUGUCUUUUAUGUUGUGUGGAUUUCUUGUUUCAUCUAGUGGAGACUCUCGUUCGUUUCUUCAAUAAAUAUGCAUAUGUACAGAUUGCUGUUUAUGGGAAAAGCUUCAAUCACUCAGCAAGAGACGCAUGGGAGCUGUUUCAAUCCACUGGUGUUGAAGCACUCAUUGCAUAUGAUUGUUCUGGUGCUGUUUUAUUAAUGGGUAUGAUAUUAGGUGGGCUUAUAACAGGAACUUGUGCUGUUGUUUUAACUAGGAUUGAAAAUCCAGACAGAGAGAUGAUGAUGGGGUCCACAGCUAUACUAAUGGGCAUGAUUUUGGUUGGGUUGGCAAUGGUGGUGGUGGAAAGUGCGGUUACAUCGAUAUAUAUUUGUUACGUGGAAGAUCCGUUGUUGAUACACAGGUGGGACCCAGAGUUUUUUAACCAGAUGUCAGAGACACUGCAUCAACGUCUUCAACAUAGAAGUGCACGCGUUAGGGAUGGGUUGAGUCAAAGUCAAUAUAUUGACCGUGACCGUAUACAAGAAACCAUAACUGUUUGAUUGUAAAUGGUUUUAUUUUGUUUUUGAAAAUGUAAUGGUUUGAUGUGGUUGUUUUAAACUUUUAUAUCGUUAAUUUUAUCGGG